UGAUGGACGGCAGCCCGGGUCAGGGAAAAGCUGAUGUGCCGCUGCAGUUCUGGACCGUCGUGUUAUGGGGUGUUUUAUACUUGCUCGACGUCGCUGCGUCGGCUCCGCAUCACCUGGGGGAAGAAUUCGUGGUGGCCUUCAUGCAAAACGGUUUGCAGCAGAGCCUCAACAGCGACUUCAAGCUGCUCAUCACGGGUUAUUCCCCCUUCACCUCCGUAACCAUCUCCAUGAAGAAGCCGGGCUUGAGGAUGACGGUGCAGGUGACCACGGGCCAAACCAUCCUGGUGAAGAUCCCGCCCCAAGCAGAGAUGGUGGGGAGCAAAAUCUUCGACAACACCGUGGUGCUGAAGGCCAACAACGCCAUCUCCUUGGUGACGGUCAACGAGAAACCCACCUCGGUUGACUCAGCCGUGGUAUACCCAGUGCACAGUUGGGGCACCGAGUACCACGUUGUGACGCCCAACGUGGGCACUGACCGCUACGGCGAGUUUGUGGUGGCCGCCUGGGAUGAACCCACCACCGUUGACGUGCACCUCAAAGCCACGGUGACCUACCAAGGCCGGUCUUACCCCCGGGGCUCAGUGCUCCCCAUCAAACUGGAGCCUUUCCAAGCAGCCCAGCUCCAAAGCCCGUCUGAUAUGUCUGGCACAAGGGUCGUGGCGCAGAAACCCGUGGCCGUCUUCACCGGCCACACUUGCUUGGCUCGAUUCACCCACUGCGACCAUUUGGUGGAGCAGCUCCAGCCCGUUUCCAGCUGGGGCACCACCUUCAUCGUGCCGCCGUUGCCUUUCGAGACUCAGUCUGAUAUCAUUUACGUCUCCACCUCCCAGCCCACGCGCGUGGAGUCUCAACACGGGGUGACUAAGACCGUUCGGGAGCUACGGCCCAGCCGGUCAACGCUCUAUGGACUCCAAGCCUUAAAUACCUUGUACCUCUCUGCCAACGCCGGCAUCCAGGUCAUUUUUUUUGCCGACGGAGGUAAUAAAGAUGCCAUCUCUUACGACCCAUUUUUUAUGACCAUCCCAGACGUCUCCAGCUACUGCCACUCCUAUAACAUCUUUGCCCUGGACGGUUACGAUAAUUACGCCCUGCUGAUAGCCAAGACCUCGGAGACAUCUGGAAUAACGCUCAACAAAGCGCCGUUGAGAAACGUGGCGUGGAAGCCCAUCCCGGGAACCGAUUACUCCUGGGUGGGGCAGAGUUUGGGGAGUCAAUUCGCCGUCCAUAAGGUGGAGCACAAGACGUCUCCCUUUGGGUUGCUCAGCGUGGGGAUCCGACAGCAAAAAGCCUACGGGUCGGCGGCCGUUUGCGACAGUGAUCCCUGCCGGCUCGUGAAAUGCCGCGCGAAGGAGACGUGCAAGAUGGAGAAGGGGGAGGCGGUGUGCGUCCACGACUACAUGGGAACCUGCAUGGGGUCGCAGUCCCUGCAAUAUCACACCUUCGACGGGAUGACCGUGGACAUCCGGGGUGGCUGCACCUAUACCAUCGCCAAGUAUUGCGGCACCGAUCCCACCCUGACGCCUUUCGUCGUGGAGGAGAAGAAGAGCGAAGGCGGUUUGAAGGAGUGGUUGACCAACGUCUACGUGUACGCCUACAACAUCUCCAUCCACAAAGGCGAGGGAGGCAAAAUCCAGGUCAACAACAAACUCACCAGCCUACCAGCCACCCUGGAAGCGGGGAAGAUCCAGAUCUCCCAAAACGAGGGUCGGACCAUCCUGCAAACGGAUUUUGGGCUCCAGGUGACCUACGAUGAAGAUUGGGCCAUAAUGGUGGCGGUGCCCAGCAGCUAUUUCGGGGCCACCUGCGGACUCUGUGGCAACUUCAACGAGGACACGGAAGACGAGACGACACUUUCCGAUGGCACUCAGGCUGCCGGCGUGGAGGAUUGGGCCGAGAGCUGGCGAGAUCCCUCCUGCCAGGAUGAUUGUGGAGACCAGGAGACGCUGCAGGACACGGCAGGUUGCGCUCAGAGAUGCCCCAAAAACAGCCACUUCGAGGCCUGCGGGACAGCGUGCCCUGCCACCUGCGCCGACCCCAAAGCCCCCACGUCCUGCAGCGAGCCAUGCACGGCAAACUGCCAGUGCAACAAGGGCUUCGUCCUCCAUGAUAGCGCCUGCGUCCCGGUGGAGACCUGCAGUUGUUUCCGCAACGGCCGCUCCUACAAGGUCCAGGAGGAAUUUUGGGAGGACGGGAGCUGCCAGAGCCGGUGUCGCUGCGAGGCGGGAGGCAAGGUGGCUUGCAAGAAAGCUGGGUGCAAGGCCCACGAGAAAUGCGUCACAGUCGACGGCGUCCCCAGCUGCCAGGCGAACAAGUAUUUCACCUGCAUCGGGACGGGCGAUCCUCACUACACCACCUUCGACGGCUUGAGGUACGACUUCCAAGGGACGUGCAUCUACCAGUUCGCAGCCCUCUGCACCCAGGACCCCAAACUGGUCCCCUUCACUGUCAAGGUGGAGAACAACAACCGGGGCAGCAAAGCCGUGUCCUUCACCAAAACCGUCACGUUGGAGGUCUACGGUAACGUCAUCAGCAUGAGCCAGGAGCAUCCGCGCAAGGUCAAGGUCAACGGCGCCUUCGUGGAGCUCCCGUUCACCCAGAAGGGCCAGUUCGAGCUCUACCACAGCGGCGUCCACGGCUUCGCCCGCACCGCCUUCGGCUUGCGGGUGAGCUUUGACUGGUAUAGCUACGCCCGCGUCAUCCUCCCCGAUGCCUACGCCGGCGCCGUCUGCGGCCUCUGCGGCAACGCCAACGGCGACGCCGACGAUGACUUCAUCACCCGCGACGGCAAACGGGCCACGGAUGAAAUCCAACUGGCCGAUAGCUGGAAGGUGGGAGACGUCCCCGGCUGCUCGGCCGGUUGCGUGGGGGAUUGCCCGGUGUGCAACGAGGAGAAGAAACAGCCCUACCGCGGCGACGGCUAUUGCGGGGUGAUCGCCAGGGCUGGAGGGCCCUUCCGGGCUUGCCACCGCGCCAUCGACCCCGCGCCCUUCCUCGAGGAUUGCGCCUUUGACGCCUGUCACUACAAAGGCCACCGGGCCACCUUGUGCAAAGCCAUCGCCGCCUACGUGACAGAGUGCCAGAGCCACGGCAUCAGCGUGGAGCAGUGGAGGACGCCGUCCUUCUGCGGCCCCUCCUGCCCCCGUCAUUCGCACUACGAGCUCUGUGGGAGCAGCUGCCCGGCCACGUGUCGGGGCCAAGGUGUCCCCGCGGGCUGCGCGUCGGUGCUGUGCACCGAAGGCUGCUUCUGCGACGAGGGUUUCGUCCUCAGCGGUGACGAGUGCGUGCCGGCGGGCGAGUGUGGCUGCGAGCACCGGGACCGCUACUACAAGAAGGGUGAGGAAUUCUACGCCUCGUGCCGGGAGAGAUGCCGUUGCAAAGCCAACGGGGUGGUGGAGUGCGAGGAGGUCUUCUGCAGCGCCCACGAGGAGUGUCGAGUACAGGACGGGGUGCUGGGGUGCUACCCCGCCAGCUACGGGCGGUUGGUGGUGUCAGGCGACCCGCACUACGUGACGUUCGACGGGCGAGCCUUCGACCUCCUGGGCUCCUGCACCUACCUCCUGGCGCGGCUCUGCAAGCCGGAGCCGCGGCUGACGAACUUCUCGGUGCUGCUGGAGCAUGACGUGGGCGGUCGGGGCAACGUGGCCCUGAUGAAGAAGGUGGUCGUCUCCAUCCACGGGUACACAGUCAGCAUGGAGAGGGGACGGAAGUGGGAGGUGACGGUGGACGGGGAGCGCUACACGCUGCCGCUGGUGACGGAGGACAAGAAGCUACGGAUUGGCCAAGAAGGGAACAACAUCGUCCUCCAAACCGCCGCCGGCCUCCGGCUCCUCUACAACGUGGUCACCUACCUCCUCAUCACCAUCCCCGACGCCUACCGGGGCCGCGUGUGCGGACUGGGCGGCAACUACAACGGGGAUCCCAGUGACGACUUCCAGCUGCCUGGCGGGUCCCUGGCACAGAGCACCGAGGAAUUCGUCACCUCCUGGAAGAUGCCGACGGAGGACGGAGCGUGCACCGACGGCUGCAACAGCAAGGUCUGCCCCGUGUGCGAUGCCACCGACACUGCUCCCUAUGGCGCCAGCGACUCCUGCGGGCUCAUCCGCGAUCCAGCGGGACCUUUUGGGCCGUGUCACCCGCGGGUGAGCCCGGUGGAGUAUUUCAACCACUGUCUCCACGACGUUUGUGCUGCUGAUGGCGCCCGGGAUGUUCUGUGCCACAGCCUCCAAGCCUACGCCGCCGCUUGCCAAGCUGCCGGGGCCGAGAUCGGCGGGUGGCGAACGACUGCUUUUUGCCCCCUCUCCUGCCCACCCCACAGCCACUAUGAGCUCUGCACCCGUACCUGCGACUUCACCUGCGCCAGCCUCUCCGUACCGGCCCCGUGCAGUUGGACGUGUUUCGAGGGCUGCCAGUGCGACGACGGGUACCUCUUCGACGGAGAAGCCUGCGUGUCCCUGGAGCAGUGUGGCUGCAUGCACCAGGGACGGUAUUUCAAGGCGGGCGAGACCAUCAUCUCCAGCAACUGCUCCACGAAAUGCAAUUGCCACCUGACCCAGGGACUUGUCUGCGAGGACAUGCGGUGUCCCCCGGAUGAGGUCUGCGCCACACGGGAUGGAGCACAGCGAUGCGUCAAGCGGGAAGGCCAGUGCCGGCUCUCCCCGGGGGCCUCCUUGACCACGUUUGACGGCGCCGGGGGAAGGCUCCUCGCCAGCGGCACCUACAAAGUGGCCGCCCUUUGCAACGAACAGUCACUCAACUGGUUCAAGGUGGUGGUGGAGGUCAGCGAGUGCCGGGACGACAGCAUCCCGGCUGCCGUGGCCGUCUUCGUCUUCUUCCGCGAAGCUUUUAUCACUGUGAAUAACAACAUGGAGGUGUGGGUGAACGGCCUUUUCACCCGCCUUCCAGCUGUGGUAUCCAAAGCCAUUUCCUUGAGCGCGGUAGCGGGGAACAUCACCGUCUCCCAUAUGUCGGGGAUGGACGUGCUCUUCAGCCCCAGCGGGGAGGUGACGGUGACCGUAGGGGCCGCCUUGGUCAACCGGCUCUGCGCUCCCUGUGGCAACUUCAACGGUGAUCCCAGCGAUGACCUGAAGCUGCCUGAUGGCCGGACUGUGAGGAGCAUCGCGGAGGUUGUCGAUGCCUGGAAAGCCAGGGAUUUUGCGGGAUGCCGCGUCUCCAACCUCGUGCGGAUGGAAGUGGAAGCUCCCGUCUACCCUAUGCAGUAGGCGAAACCACGCGGGGACUUGAUGCGAGAGGACAGUUUCCGCACGCACGCGCACACCAGUUCACGCACUUCUCGUAAAUACUCCUGCUGAGGUUUUCACGCCUCCAGAGGCAUCAGCCGGUGUCUCGGGUUGAGUUUCUGCAAGCGCAGAAGGAAAAAGCAGCACUGAGCUCUGAUGGACGCCUCCCGCAGCAGGUCGCACGGCCUCAAAUAGCUGCAAAAAAAAAGGGCAAACGCUUGAUCUGGCCUCAAAUUGGUGAGAAAAAAAGGGUGUUUUAAAGACCUGAUCUACUUCAGGUAGAGCCCGAAGCCAAGAUGACCCAUCUGCACCAAAGGGGCCUGAAGGAAAGUGAGAUAAACGCCUCAAGGCAAAAAAGCAAGGUCAGCAGACCCAAAUCCCAGCCGUUUUUCCCCAGAAAUGCACUAUUCCCGUUGACUGUUUUCAGUAUAACGCUGCCUGCUGUCGGGUAAAUCAAUAAAACCCUUUUUACA